UUUGUGGGGCAGUCCUGGCUGCUGUUUGAGAGAAGGAGGUUGUGUGCCUGGCUGCCUGCAGUUGCUUGUCUGGGAGUCAGUGGUUGUUACAUUCUAUCCAGCGAGCGCACCGUAUACAAUGUGAGAUGAAAGUUCCACGCUGAACACUGACCAUCAUUGUGGGAUCACUGAUAGAACGUGUGGCGUGGAUUGCGUACCUUCGAUAGAACGUGGAGUGGUUACCUUCAGAACUGAAGAAUGAUGGCUGCUGGGAAAUUUGCCAGUUUCCAUAGAAAUGUGCAAACCAACCAUCAGUUCCCACUGGCAUCUUCAAUGGAUCUUCUCAGCAGCAAAUCUCCGCUUGGUGAGCGACGCUCUAACGCUUUUCAAGAUGUAUGCAUCCACGGCACUCUGCCACGGAAAAAGAAAGACAGGAUCCCCAUCAGAUCCAGUGACACGUUCAGUCAUAUGGGAACUUUGCCACACUCCAAGUCACACAGAAUGCCUACCCGAUUAAUGCAAGAUACUAUUGAGGAGUACCCAUUUCAGGAGAGACGGAGAGGAGUGUUUAGCACAAGAGAACACAAUAUUCUGGAUCCAACCAUGGAAUAUGUUAAGUUCUCUAAAGAUCGGUAUAUUAUGGAUGGGGGAACACCAGACAAGCUCAAGAAAGAAUUAGAGGAAGAGUUAAAGUUGAGCAGCGAAGAUUUACGGAGUCAUGCUUGGUACCACAGUCGUAUUCCACGUCAGGUGUCUGAAAGCCUCGUGAAGAGAGAUGGAGAUUUUCUGAUACGGGAUUCUUUGUCAAGCCCUGGAAAUUUUGUACUUACUUGUCAGUGGAAAAAUUUCUCCCAGCAUUUCAAAAUAAAUAAAGUAGUCAUCAGGCUCAAUGAAGCUUACAGUCGUAUUCAGUACCAGUUUGAACACGAAUGCUUUGACAAUGUUCCUGCAUUAGUUAGAUUUUAUGUGGGGAACCGUAAACCGGUGUCACAACAGAGUGGGGCUAUUAUAUUCCAACCUAUUAACCGAACUGUUCCCCUGAGGUGCAUAGAGGAGAAGUAUGGGACCUCCCCCAUCAGACACCUGGAAAUGGGAGCUCUGGAUGGAAAAUCCGAAAUUCCAAAGAGGCUGAGUUUAAACAUAGGACAUGCACUGUCGCCGGACCUCACCCCAAUCAGAUGCAAUCUACUGAGAAAUAAAGAAAAAAGUGGGAGCCACCCCGCUUGCCUGGAUAAUAUGCAAGAGAAGCGACGACCGCUAAAGGCCCAUCAGUCAGAAAGCUACCUGCCGAUAGGAUCUCGACAUCAAUACAUGUCACCAGGAGUGGAUGGAAAGUUAUCGCCCACACCACACGUCUUCAGGACAGGAAGUGAGCCUACUUUAAGCCCCACAGAAAUUAAAAGGUUCAGCAAUGAGGGCCACUCGGCUGAAGCACUACGAGGAUCAGACAGCCAGCUGUGCCCAAGGCCGCCUCCGAAACCCAGCAAGGCACCGCACAUGAAGCAGCCACAGUCUCCAACAGUUUGGCAGAAUUCAGAGGCAAACUACUGUGAACUGCAUCCUAACCCUCCUGAGGAUUGCACAUGGGUUAAGAUACCCUCUGCAAGGAACAGUUUUGUUGAAAGUCAGAGACCAGAUGACGAGGAAACCUUGUCUUUUAGUAACUCUGAGAGUAGUUUCCCAGCUUUGGAAGACAAUGUAUCUCAGUGCUCAGCUGCAGACCUCGGGGAGAAGAUAGAGGAUUUUGAAUUUAUUAGGCCUGUCUAUGAGACGGUUUCUUCUUUUAACCCAAAGGACUUUGAGUCUAUUCUUCUCUCUCCGGAAAAUAAGCCGCUGGAAACAGCCCUAUUAAGACGUGCUAAAGAACUUUUUACCAAUAAUGACCCAAGGACUAUUGCUAAGCAUAUCCUCAGCAUGGAUUGCAAGGUUGCUAGGAUACUGGAUGUCUCACCGGACAUGGAGAGGAUGAUGGGAGUGAGCUCAGGCCUUGAACUAAUAAUUCUUCCCUAUGGACAUCAACUGCGCCUAGACUUAAUUGAAAGGCACACCACUAUGGCGAUUGGCAUUGCAGUGGAUAUUUUGGGAUGCACAGGGAAUUUGGAGGAGCGUGUUGCAACGUUAAACAAGAUUAUUCAGCUUGCAAUAGAACUGAAGUAUUUGGGAGACUUCUACGCAUUUUCUGCCAUUAUGAAAGCACUUGAUAUGCAGCAGAUUACAAGACUGGAACACACGUGGACUAUUUUACGGCAUCAGUACACACAGACUGCGAUCAUUUAUGAAAAACAGCUUAAACCCUUUAGCAAAAUAUUGCAUGAAGGGGGAGGUGCUAUGAUCGCCAUGCAAGAAAACCUGACGGUACCACUGGUGAUGCCUUUGAUUGUAUUACUGGAACGUCAGUCUGUCGUCAUUGAAGGGAUGGACUUAUGGGAAAACAAUGAUAGAGGCUGCGAAAUUAUGUUUAACCAUCUGGAAACGGCUCGAAUUGUUGCUCAAAAUGCAGUUUUUUAUCAACAGAAUGCUGAAAGGUUAUUGGAAGGGUUUAAACCGGAUAAUGAAAUGAGUGAAGUCUUCAAAACGGAAUUUCAGAUGAGGCUUCUAUGGGGCAGUAAAGGCGCACAAGUCAAUCAGACUGAGAGAUACCAGAAAUUUAGCCAGAUCCUGACUGCUUUGUCCAGGAAGCUUGAACCCCCCUCCUAAUAAACAAAGGAUCCACAUGGUCUGACCUCCUAUCCCAUCUUGUUAAAAUGAAUUACAGCUUUGAUUUGUAGUAUUUAAUAGACUCUUAUUGUGAUUCUACAAGACGAAGGAAUAUAUGGAUUCAGCUUUCUGGUGUUGUAUGUUUUUGUAAAUCUCUGUAUAAUUAUUUUUUAAACUUUAGUGUAUAACUAUUUAUUUACAAAAUGCUUUUUAUCCCAAUGAUCUCACAAAACUGUAGGUAUUUAAAUUGUAACAUGGCCAGGAUUAACCCCUUAAGGACCAAACUUCUGGAAUAAAAGGGAAUCAUGACAUGUCAUGUGUCCAUAAGGGGUUAAAGACACGACGGAAAUAUUCCCUUUUAUUCCAGAAGUUGUCAUUAAGGGGUUAAACAAGUACUAUUACACGAUUGCAGACUACUGAAUAUGAACAGUGAGCCUUGUUUAGUGAAACUGUAAACAAAUUGUAAUAGUGUACAAUGCUCCUGUUUUGGACUGACAUUGAAAAUAAAUUAAAUGUCAAACAAUGUUAA